AGUCCCAUCGACUCACCGCGUCGAACGCGCAAACUAGUCAACAACACCAGUUUUGCGGGUGAUCUGCAUGAGCCAGGAAUAAUUCGAUUAGUCAGGACAGGAAUAGAGGUGCUGACGUAGAAGUUUGCACUUUUUGUUUUGCUUGUCGUUCGAAUCAACAACUAAUGGAGACGCCAACGCGGCGCCCGUUCGCAUCAACUGACUCGGCGAGCACCGUCAACCCGCGCAUUGUCGCAGUCCAGAAUAGUUUUGGUGCGGGUAGUCCGAUGCAGUCGAGUCCCAUGUCAGAGACACAGGACGAGUCGGGCGGCGACAGUCAGGCGCUCGCGUUAAACGACGAGGCGAACGAGGUGAUUGCUAGGGAACAGCAUUUCUAUCUGUUGCUCAACAAGUUCCCAAGCGUUUUCAUCCCGUUCAUUCGUGCGCUGCGGUUCGAUGCUGGCGUGUACGCAUUUCAGAUUUUAGCAAAUAUGGAUACAUAUAUGCAGACGCUGCCGCGAGGGUUCCGAGAUUUUGAUGUUUCGGCCGACGAUCCACAGGACAUUUACCUGCUAUCUGAUCUCUGUUUAUAUGCACCUCGAGAAGACGGAGAGGGUGGAAUUUUCGUUUCAAAGGGACAUCAUGGCCGGAUCAUCCCGACCGAGAGCAAUACGUUCACCGUGCAGUGGAGGUUUCGAUACAACGGAUGGGCAUAUAUCGGUCGAGUUCUAGAGCACGCAGAAAAAGUAUCACCGACAGAUAUAGUCGUUGAGGAGAUCACACUUUUGAUCUCGGAUACAAUGCGCCAGCUGUCUACCGAAGAAGCUAUUGAGCUGCUUGAAAGCAUAUGCGAAAAUCUCUCGGAAGACAACAAUGUCCUUGUGAUCAUCGGCCGGAUACUCACCAUAGCCAUGCAGCGAAAAAACAUUGGCGUCAGCGUCGCUGCUCUUGAGUUUUUCGCCGCGCUGACCAGAGUGCUACCGAGCAAGGUGUGGGAGUUUUUAGAAAACUCUACUCUCCUUGACCGGAGCGGGAACGGCGGAAUGGCUGCGUAUGUGCUGUCGUCGGUCGAGAUUAUCAAUGGUGACUACAAGUUUACGUUGGCACUCAUCGAUCUCGUGUGUGCCCUGACAAAUGACGUUUUGAUUGGAAAGUUCACUUAUGCUGUUAAACCAAGUGUCAAGGCUGGUAUUUUGCUGCAGUUGUUUCGGCAUCUGAUGAACGUCUAUGAGAGUUUUUCGUAUUGGAAGUAUGAGGAUUUGCACGAGCGUCUCAAAAUUGCUACGCGAAUCUCAGAGGUGUUUGAGUCUAUAAUAAGGAUCGUGUACUGCGUCGACGAAUUCAGUGAAGGAACAGAGAAGAUCAAUGGCGUGCUAUUCCCAGCCACGCAGCACAUUCUCGACCGAUUUCUGGUCACCGACUCAAAGCCAUCUCGCUGUCUGCAACCACUUCUUGGCGGUAUCGAGGCCGCCUCGCGAACGAUGGAAGCUCUCAAAAACGACCAGGACCUGCUUAACCGGACAUACGGCUGGAUCGAGAGCUCAUUAUCACUGGCUGAAGUUUUGACGAGAGCGCGGAGCUUGCUGAAACGGGCGCCUACGCAGCUUGAGCGAAAACUGUUUGGAUUGGCGGCUAGUAUGUCGGUUUUGUUUGCCAAUGAGAGUGUGUUGAGGCUGAAGCUGAUGCAGCUGCUGAAUGCGAUGGUGGCGAGCGAGUGGAGUGAGAAGCCGUCGUUGCUCGCGUACUUUGGAAGCGGGCCGGCUGCGGCAUUUGCGGCGUCGCUGGUGAAGGCGAUCGAGAGUGAUAUUGAUUACCCGAUGCAGAAUGAGAUUGCGAAUUUCGUGAGCUUGGUGUUUAGCACGAAGCAGCAGGGAUUGUCGAUUCUUCUGCUUACUGGGAAGGAGCUUGGAUUGGACUCGAAAAGCGAAAGUGAAGCAAAGAAAGAGAAGGAGAAGGAGAAGGGUCCCGUCAAAUCGUUGUUACAAGCACUCGAAAAGAAAGCUCAACAGACCGAAGAGAUACGUGUUGAGUUUACGGCGAAUAUUCUCGAGAGUCUUGCGCUUGCUCAGAAUACGCUCUCUACAGCACUGUUUGAGAGUCAAGAGGAUAAAGGGCUACUGAAUAAAAUCCUAAAGCUGAUUGACCAAGGAACGGAAGGUCGCGUGAGCGGUCUGGAAUCUUCAGAGACUAUUGUCCGAUACUGCUAUGAAACAUUGCGAGCUGCUCGCGGAGUCCAGCUCUGUGCGGUUCAUUUGCACAAGGCGCGGAAAGGGUCAAGCGAAGCCAAGACGAUUAUCUCCCAUAUAGUGGGGAACCUCCCAAGACUGGCGGAUGUAGCGUUCCGGAUAUACGGAUACCGGGCGUCGCUGCAUGGAAACCUGCACCGCAACUUUGACAAGAAGUGGCCCGAGGCACGAUUGAUUCGGUUCCAGCGCACGGUGCUGGUUGCGGGCGAGCGCAAGUAUGGGACGGGGUACAAGUAUGAUGUUGAGAUGAUGGACAUGAUUUUGGGAGCUGAUCCGAUCUGGAGCGGGUACAAGAGCGAGGUCGAGCAGGCGAACCUGAAUCUGUCGCUGAUUGAUGCGCAGUCGCAUUUAUUCCGAGCGUGGUGGCUGUUGACGAUCGCAUUGCUGGAUUGGACGGAGGAGGACGGAAAGCUAGCGUCGGUGCUGGAGGAGAUUGCGUGUAAAUGCCUUACGAUCAACAUCGAAGAAGGCGUGAUUGCGCCAUUAUUCCAGCCGAUAGUGAACGAGCGGUGCGAGCUUGCGUUUAUAAUUAUCCAGAAGCUGGCGGCGUUGAGCACGCAAAAGUCAAAGUCAGGCCGGGUUGAUUUCAAGCGGAUUCUCAGGCUCGCGCAUGAUCUGAUCGUGUCGGGUGGGAUGGAGUUCGUCCAGGCGUUAACUGAAGGACGACAGGAGAAUUACCGGCCCGUGCUCAGGCUACUUCUACUGAGCGUGCAGGAACUGCGGGAUGAGAAGCCUGAUGCGGAGAUUACGAAGCUCGUGCACGAUCUGAUUGAACAGGUUGUCGCGAGGUCAUACAGCGUUCUCGGGCCGGACGCGUUGGACGCGUUUAGGAAGCCGGGCGAGGGUGCGGGAGAGGACGGGCCGAUGAGUAAGGCGGGCGAGGAUAUGCUGCUUUUGACUAGUUUGUUGAGGGAUUGCUUGAACAUCAAUGGCGUUGUGUAAGAAUUAGUGAGAUGAAUAGAUAUCUGAAGAGUAAUGUGUGGCUCGUAUUCGGAGAAGUCGUAUUCGCUGAUAAACACCCGAACCCUGGUAUCGACUAUAAUCCUAUUUACAUUC